AUGUACCGCAACCUCGCCAACGACCUCCUCCACCGAUGCCGUGCCCUCCCUCUCAAGGGCUUCCAACGCCUAACGGACCUAACCACUCCCCAACUCAUCCGUUCCGUCAACAAAGCCACGCGCUACGAAUCCGCAUGGCGCACACGCGCACCGAGACCUAUCAAAGGUGGCUCAUACAGCUCCACAGGGAUAAACGCACACUCGAAUUACAUGGACACGCUCCCUGCCAAGAUCAACGACGAAAAGUGGUACAAAAUCGUCAGCGCCCCUCCAGGCGAAGAAGUCGACUGGCUCUCACCUAUAACGUCGAGCUACACCCUCUGCGCGACGAAGAGCGGGAAAGUCGUCUGUUGGGACAUUGGGUCCGACACGUGCCUUGCGCAAUGGAACCCGGGUUCGAGAUGGGAGCUGUGGAAGUGCCGCGUGGAGUUUGAGGAGAGGACGGUGUUUUUUACGAUGGCGAAGGUGUUGACGCCUGCGCCGGAUGAUGACCGGGUUAUGAAGUUUGUGUUGAUGCGGUUGACGUUUUUUGAGGGGAGUGGGGAGGGGGAGGAGGGGGUAGAAGAGGAGGGGCAGGAGGGAAGGGAGAGACCGGUUUUUGGGCAUGUGGCCGAGUUUUGGACCAGGGGCGUUGUGAUGAAUGUUUUUCUGCUUGAUCCUGGGGUGAGGUUGCUAUCGGCCUUUGUGUGGGUAUCGAGGUCGAAUACGAUUGGGCUUUAUGUGUUGUUGGAUUGGGAGGUUGCGGAGUAUGUGUUUGUUGAUACGGGGAUUGAGUGUGUGGCAUCGUCGAAUUGGAGUUGUAUCCUAUAUGACGAGAACAUCGUCAUACACUGCGAAGAGAGCGGCGCGGCUUACCAACAUUUCUACCCACUAUCGCUUUUACGGACGUACACGACAAAGCUAGCGAAGAAAGACUCGAUACCGAUCAUUGCGCAUGAAGUGCCACCUUCACGAACACUAACGAAGAAAUUCAUCUUUCCCGCCAUACAUGGCAACGACGACUUACCACCCGAUACUAAUAACCAUAACCAACACCAACUCACCACCACCACGACUGCAGCAACGACGUCACCCACCCCAAACCCCAACCCAUUCCCCUUCCCACCCUGGUACCCCGAAAGCGCACACUUUGUCCGACAAUGGUGGCCCAGCCUACCCAACAUCCCACGCGUAAGCUGCACAGUGGUCUUAUUAGCGGAACACGAUCAAGUGAGCCAUCGCACGCGGUUCGUGCUCGCGCAACAUUAUUUCCGGGUGCCGGUCAAUCAUGUCGAAUGGGAUAACUAUAAUCUGUAUGGGACUGCUUCUGGGCUUGGGGAGGCCGUCAAUGGCGUGACCCAUCCUCCUCCUCCUCCUCGCUCUUCCUCUUCCUCCUCUUCCGAGCCCCCGACCACAUCCACCACGACGUUAAGCACCUCCGCGCAAAUAGCACAAGACGACGGACUGAUGCACCUCUGGUACGUCAGCACGCCAUUCGAAGUUGUCCGCGUGUUCGACGCGAUCUCUGAAGACGACGACGACGAUGGAGGGACGCCUGAUCGGCCUAGACCGUUGGUAGCUGUUGAUUUUGGACAUGCGGUUUGGAUUGAGUAUGGUGAGGGUGGGGAGGGGGAUGGGGAUGGGGAGGGUGAAGGCGAUUUGAAGUGGUUGAGGUUUGUGACGUUUCCUGCGUUUAGGGAUGAGUGGGAGUGUGAGAGGGAUUUGGCGAGUGGGCAAGGAGGAGGAGGAGGAGGGAGAGGUGAAGUGAGGACGUUGGAGGUUCCUGAUGAGUUGGAUUUGAGUGCGGUUGAGACGAUUAAUAUUGAUCAGAGUCAGGGAGCGGUUAUUCUUUCGGAUAAGGAUGGGAGGAUUUUUAUUUUGUGUUAUGAAUUUCUAGUUGUCAUAUUCCAUUGCUUUCCUAUGUACCCCUCGCUACUAUAG